AUUAGAUUUUUUUUUCUGAAGAAGUAAAGAGGAAAAUAAUACAAAACUAACGAUUGUUAUCAAUCAAUUCUUUCCGCGUCAACAGUCACUUUAGUUUAAAGAAACAAAUUCGAUUGAGUCAUAUGGAAAUAUAUGAAAGAAAAGAAAAAACAAAGGAAAAAACAAAAAAUAUUAAUAGGUUGACGCGAACAAGAUGAAUAAUAUACAAAUGUAAACGUACAGAAGCGCAAUAGUACGCUCUUUCUUUCUCUUUCUCUCUCUCUCUCUCUCUUUUCGUAUUUCUUAUGUAAAUAAUGAUGUUAGAACGUCAGUAUACUACAUAGUCGUGGUUAACCAAGUGUCAGUCAUUUUACGUGAUGAAAUCGACAGAUAUGUACGAACUAGCAACAAUAUUUAACGAAGUUUUGAUUUUUCUUUUCUGUAAAACGAUUCGAUUCGCUUCGAUUCGAUUCGAUUCAGUUCGAUUAUUUCGUUUUAAUAUUUAAUUAAUUUUUAUUAUCAGAUUAAUAUCUUCAAAAUCCAACUUGGGGAAGAAGAAAAUGUUCGAAACUCAGGCAAUCGUUCUGAAAAACGUGACGAAAUAUUAUGGAAAAAAGUUGAAAAUUCUUGACGAAUUGAACCUAUCAGUCCCAAAAGGUUCCAUAUAUGGACUAUUGGGCGCUAGUGGAUGUGGAAAGACGACUCUCUUAUCGUGCAUCGUCGGUAUACGAAAAAUAGACAGCGGAGAUAUUUGGGUACUUGGAGGUAAACCGGGCAAUGAAAAUUCUGGUAUUCCAGGAUCAAGAGUCGGCUUUAUGCCGCAAGACAUUUCUCUUGUAGGCGAGUUUUCUAUUAUUGGUGCGUUAUAUUACUUCGGAAGAAUCAACGGAAUGAGAGAUAAGGAAAUAGAAGAGAGAUACGUAGAUCUAACCGAACUCUUGCAAUUACCACCGAAGCAUCAACUUGUAAAAAAUGUGAGCGGUGGUCAACAAAGAAGAAUAUCCUUUGCCGCCGCACUUCUUCACAAUCCCGAGUUACUCAUCCUUGACGAACCUACCGUUGGUCUUGAUCCAGUUUUAAGAGAUAAUAUUUGGAAGUAUUUAUCUAAGAUAACGAAGGAAAACGGUGUUACCAUUGUCAUAACAACACAUUAUAUCGAUGAAGCAAAACAAGCGGACAAGAUCGGUCUAAUGAGAUUCGGCAAAUUGUUGGCACAAACCACGCCAAAUCAAUUGUUGGAUCGAUUCCAAUGUGAUAAUUUAGAGAAUGCCUUUCUGGAAUUGAGUAAACUUCAAGAGGAGAAUAGAAAUGUUUCAGAAAUUGACACAAAUGUGAAUGAUAAUUCUGAGACGAUACAUGAAAUGGAAUUCAUGGAAGGUUCUAUCAAUCUUUCUACAAGGCCACCGAAUGCUCCUACAAGAUCAAUUAAAAAUUUAUCCUCGACUUCUAGAAAACUAAAGGCUCUUAUAAUCAAGAAUAUUACGCAAUUUCUACGUCAUCCUGGAGGAAUUUUAUUCUCUAUAGGAUUUCCGAUAAUUCAACUUCUUGUUUUUCAUUAUGCUUUCGGUCACGAUCCUAAAGAUUUGCUAAUCGGUGUCGUUAAUCACGACUCCGAUAACUGUGACCUCGCUAAAAUACAAGGAAGUGUUAUUUACACGCAUAACGAUUUUGGUGGUAUAUGCGACUUCGUUGAUCUUAGCUGUCGAUUUUUACACGAUAUAAAUGAUACCACUGCGAAAAAAGUAUAUUAUGAUUACUUGCCGGAUGUGAAGGAGGAUUUAAGAAAAGGAAAACUUUCUGGAAUAAUAUAUUUUAGUAAAAACUUUACGCAAGCUUUGCAAAGAAGAUUGGAAAAUUUUAGAUAUAUCGAAGAAGAUGAUAUCGAAACGGGAGAGAUUAAAAUUUGGUUGGACGUAGCCAACAGACAAAUAGGCCUUUUUUUGAAAAAUAGACUCUAUGACGGAUAUUUCAAGAGCAUGCGAAAUAUUAUGACAGAAUGUCACUUGCCUUUAAAAAUUAUGGAUAUACCGUUAAGUUUCGAGAAUCCUAUUUUUGGCAAAAAGAACGACGACUAUAUCAAUUUUAGUUCACCUACUUUUAUCUUAUCAUUAACUUUUUUCGUAACAACAGUAAUGACAACAGCGAUAUUAAUCUCUGAUAGGCAUGAAGGCGUUUGGGAAAGGAGUAUCGUGCAAGGAGUGACAACAUCAGAGAUACUAUUCUCCCACUUUGUGGUGGAAGUGUCGAUAGUUAUUAUACAGGUCUUACUAAUUUGUUUAAUAAGCUUUGCUUAUUUUGAUUUGGACUGUAAAGGCUCCCUAUUCACGGUUGUCAUGAUGAUAUUUUUUAUGGGUCUAUGUGGAUUGUUUUAUGGUUUCUUAGUUUCGGUAUACUGUAAUUCACAUCUGUUUGCGGAUUAUAUCGUCACUGGAAGUUUCUAUCCUAUAAUACUUCUUGGUGGAUUUCUUUGGCCCAUCGAAGGAAUACCACCUAUAAUUAAAUGGUUAAGUUAUUGUUUGCCAACAACGGUACCAGGUGUUUCAUUAAGAGCGAUCUUAGUCAAAGGUCAUUCUGUUAAUAAUCCGGAGGUUUACAUCGGUUUUCUCGUGAUAAGUGGAUGGACAAUAAUCAUGAUCCUCCUUUGUUUCUAUGGCCUUAAAAGAAAAUCAUAAAGAAAAAAAGAAAAGAGAAAAAAGAGAAAGAAAAGAUAAAUGACAAAAUAACGGGUCUUAAAAAUCAGGGUUUUAAUUAUUUAGAUUUUCUUAGAUUGUCGAAUAUUUCGAAGGUCAUUGAAUUUGUAUAAGCUUUUUGUUCUCUUUUUUUUUUUUUUAACUAAUAAUAUUCCUUAUUUCUCAAUGUAUCUUCUUUUGAAGUUUAUACGAUUGCAUAAUGUAUAUUUUAUUAUAAAACUUAAAUAUGUGCGCGUGUAUAUAUGUGUAAAUGCGUAUACAUUUUAAUGAGUUACUUUUUUAAUGAGCGAAAAGAAAGAAAGUAUUCGUGGAAUAUGUUUAAUGU